CGGCUACUUUUUGGCGCAGACGAUGAUGUAUAUAUAUAUAAUAAACAUCAUAUGCGAAUUACUUACCAUGUAGCCUUGACACGGCCAGUUUAUAGUAUAUACCUAUACAAAUAUAAAGGUUAAAUACACAGCUUUAGGCAGUUGUAUAUUAAUUUAUGCAAAAGCAAUUGUAAAUUCUUUUACAUAUAUAGGAAUAUCGAGCGGAUAUCAUGGCAGAUCAAUAGCUAUAUAGGUUGUGUUGUUACCCGAACAUGGAUUAUCGAGUUUACUUUAUUCAAUGGAACGUGAUUUGUAGUGUAGAAAAUUAAAUUUUUGUUAAAAUCUGGACAGUUAACAAUGUUGGAUUCUGCAUAAGUUGUAAAAGUUAAAAUGGAUCUACGGCGCAGAAAAGGUACACUGGUUCCCUCCGGGGAGGCUGGGGAAGAUGGUGACUUCGUACAGCUUCGACUAAUAAGAGAAAGCGCACGAAAAAAGCGAGCUAGUAAAGCAUCGCUUGAGGAGGACUUUGCAAGUAGUCCGUCCGAGGAGACGGCGCCAACAAGUUCUAGUGUAGCAGACGAUGCGAAACAACUUCAUAAACAGCUCUUCGAAGCUAUCGAGUCAAACGAAACUAAAAAGGUGGAAGUUCUUUGUGACAAAAUAAAGAAAACUCAUAAAUUGGUAAACGUACGUCACCCAAAAUCAGACGAAAAUGUUUUACACUAUGCCUUAUCACACGGUAUGAAAGAUUUCGCGAAACAGUUGAUAAAUUUCGAAAUUGGCUCCGAAUUACUAACUUCAAGUCAUCAUAUUAAACAAUCUGGAAUUUCCGGAAGAAAAAAUUGUCUCCAUAUUGCUACGGAAAUGGACGAUAGUGAUAUGGUUAGAUUUAUUCUUGACAAAAUUCCAAAUAGUAAUACACGCUUAGAAUGUAUGAAAUUGGAAACAGCUGUAGAUAUUCAAGGUCAAAGGCCAAGGUUGUUCUCGUGUCUCCAUCUAGCGGCAUAUUUCGGAAAUACUGAACUAGUUCGUCUCUUUUUAGAUAGAGGCAUGGAUGUGAAUCACUUAAAUGGAAAGAAAGACACAGCUUUGUUAUGGGCAGCAAGGUGGGGUCACGAUGAAACUGUGUCCGUUUUGCUACAACGAGGUGCUGACCCGGAAGUAAAAAAUGACAAAGGUUCAACAGCUCUAUAUUGGGCAAUUCGAUAUCAGUUUCCAAGCACAGUUUCACUUUUGUUGACAAAAGGGCGCGCAAACCCUAACACAUCUAGAAAACUAGGUUUGGUUGCUCCUAUCAUUAUAGCAUCAGCUUAUGGCAACGCCCCCAUCGUAGAUGAGCUCCUGAAAUGUCCAGGUAUUGAUGUCAAUAUGAAAAUUCGCGGCGGGGAUACAGCCAUCCACAAUGCCGCGCGCGAAGGAUGGUUAAAAGUUGUUAAAAUGCUAAUUAAUGCAGGUGCUAGAUUUGAUGAAAGCGACGACCUCGGUGAUACACCAUUACUUCUUGCCGCUAAGAAUGGUCAUGUGGAUGUGGCACAGCAUCUGAUGAAACGCUUCGCUGACGUCAAUCACAAAAACCACGACGGAUAUGACGUUUGGUAUUACGCUAUAGAUAACGAAAGUAAUGCGUUAUUAAAAGCUUUAGUGGCUCGGAAACAAAAUGUAGAAGAACUAAAAAGAAACCCACUAUGUAUUGCUGCAAGUGUUGGGAAAUGCGACAAGAUUAAGCUUUUGUUAGGUAUGAACUUUGACCCAAAAAGUACGGAUGACGAAGGGAACACAUUUUUACAUCAUGCCGCCAUGUUCGACCAGGCGGAAGUGAUUGAUACUUUCCAUUCGACUGGCGUACUACACGCUAAAAAUGAAACCGGUAAUACACCACUUCAUCUAGCAUGUCUGAAAGGGCUGACCAAAUCCAUAGAUUCUCUUCUGAACUGUAAAGCAAAAGCGGACAUUAAAAACAAUAAGGGAGAGACACCAUUACACGUUGCCGCCUACUCGGCAGAUAUAAGUGCUGAAACUGCUAAAACUUUGGUACAGUACACAAUUAAAACACACGCAUGGGAAAGUUUGCAUGAUAAAGAUAUAGAAGGUAAUAACUGUUUACAUAUUGCAGGAAAGUUUGCUUCACCGGAAGUCUUAUGGGAAUUUCGAUUUGUUCGAUUGAACGACAAGGACAAAGAUGGGCUCACGCCGCUGCAUGAAGCUGUCAGACCCGGACAGGAAGAGGCUCUAGAAAUCAUGCUUGAUAUAUUUGAGACAAUGAAACGGGAUGCUAGCAUAAACGAACCUAGUUAUCAGACGAGAGAAACGGUUUUACAUCUUGCAGCAGAUGAAGGUCACGCGCGAAGUGUCAAACGUCUGAUUGACCUUGGCGCUGAUAUUGCUGCCAAAGAUGCAGACGGGGAUACUGUUCUUCAUAGACUUGUGAAAGCUAUUGUUUUCGAUGAAAAACAUAAAAGUAGACAUAUAGAAGUGUUUGACGUCAUUCUUGACAAUAUUGUAAAAUGGUGGUGUCUUCGAACUAGUCAACAAUUACCAGCACGCGCAAAAGACAUUAAAGCUGUAACUUAUCGUCGAAACGCAGUUCUUUACAUCAUUAAUGAUGUCAUAAACAACGAAGGACUCUCUGUUUUGAACCAAGCGUUCAAAUCCGGAUGCCCGGAAGUUCUACAUCGCCUCACUUUGAUGCCAGGGGUCACAAUGAUUGAAUAUUCUUCACACAUGUACUCGUUUGAUAUAAGCGGCAUGACACCUAGGACCAAUAACGAGUUGAAAGGAUGUUCGAAAAUUCAGGUAAGUCCAGCAGAAGACGGAUUGCCAGGAAACGCAGACGACACGUCAAUCUCUGGUCUAGAACUAUUGAUUACAAACAAUGCAACGAACGCUGCAGAAAUAUUAGAUCUUCCACCGAUUAGGAAAAUAGAAAGAUACUAUACCUCAAUGGUUGCAUGGACAUUUGUCAUACUCAUGGUUUUCCACAUCGUAUACAUGGCCUUAUUUACAUAUUUGUCUGUGGAAAUACUAAAGAAAUUACGGACCGAUGAAAGCCAAAUAAACUCGUCUGAUACCCAAACAUUGCUUUUGUACAUAAUUGCACCUUUGGAACCAGGAAUUAUUAUCAUAUAUAAUAUGUAUGCCCUCAUCAGAUACUGUAUUACGGGUGACGUUAGCAAGAAGUCGAAACUGAGCAGAAAACAAGGUGCCGGACUCGUGUUACAAGUUAUAGCUUCAUACCUGUUCCAAGUGGUUUGUGUUGGAUUCGCGGCACUUGUGUUUGUUUGGAUUGGCUUAUUUACUCAACGUUAUUCCUAUCAGGACUAUGUUCUUGCCGCAGUGAUAUGCAUUGGUUGGUUGUUGACCAUUUCAUUUACACGAGGAAUUCGUGCAAUUCAUUAUUUCUACCGGAUGCUGCUCAGUAUGAUCCUCAGGGAUGUUUUACGGUUUAUUAUUGUUUACCUGUUUGUUCUGAUGGCGUUUGCCUUCACGUUUCAUGUACUGUUUCAAGUCUCCGCCGACAUAUCUGAAAUAUAUGAAUCCCCCUUUGAUACAAUGUUCCUCACGUUCAACAUGAUGAUUGGAAUGGGAGAAUUAUUCGACGAUGACUUUGAUACGGGCAUGACCGCUGUCGGUCGCACCACAACAUAUGUAAAAGUGAUUUACCUACUUUACAUGAUCCUGGGGACUAUUGUUCUCCUCAAUCUACUGAUAGCUAUGAUGAACGAUUCAUACUCGCAGAUCUUGGCGCAGAAACAGGUCACGUGGCGUAUUGACUCGGUCAGAAUGGGUGUGGAGAUUGAGUCAAGCUUCCCUCUGAGCAGGAUUUUCUCAACCGUCAAGAUAGAGCAUGGUAACAAUGAAGAGAUGAAUUUGUCACCCACUCGUUGGUACGUGUCCAUGACGGAAACAGAGUACUUAAACUGCCUGCAGGAACUUCAGCGGGAAAGUUUGUCAUCAACUGACGCAGUUUCCAAACGCCUGGACGACAUUGACUCAAAGGUCAAUCUUCUAAUGAAGCAGACGACAGACAAAUUUCAACAUCUUUCAAGCAUAAUCGAAGCAGACAAAGGUUCUAGAAGGAAACACAGACGGAAAGAGUCUACGAAAAGGAAGGAAAAAGUAGCAGAAGAAAAUGCAUGAAAAGCGAAAAAUGGGAGUAAGAAACAGUAAACAUUGAGUAAGAAGUGCUUUAACGUAUGACAAGAUACUAUUUGACUAAAUUAAGGACAUACUUAUUCCUUAGGUAUAAGCUAAAAUGGAUUUAAAACAGAAGCUCUUACAAUCAAAAAUCAU